AUACUGAGAGAGGCUGCCUGCGCUUCUCACUACACACACUCAGAGAAACCUGUAUGUGAAAGAGAGAUAGAGUUCGAGAGGGAAAGAGAGAGAGAGAGAGAGAGAGAGUGACACGACAGAGAGUGUGUGUGAGUGAGAGAACGAACGCUACUAGUUGGAGAAGAAGGUAAAGAGAGACAGGGGAGACGACUAACGGUUGCCUAAAGAGGCAUCAGAAGACUCGGUGACCGUCGCUCUCGGGCUCCAUCGGGCUCCCGCGCGAUCUGCUGCAAAACGGAUUAUUAUUAUUUUUUUUGUAACAUUUUUAUUUCCAUUUUAAAUUUUUUCUCUUCGUCUGCCUCUUGAACAAUACUUUAUUUUACAAUCUUGAGAAAGAUUUUUGAAGGUAUAAUAAGCUCUUUUUUUUUUGCGGCAUAGAGGGAGAGGGGUUAUUCUGGGAAGUUUUUCCUCUACUUUCCAUUUCUUGUAACUUUUUUAAAAGAAAAGCCCUGGUUUAUUUUCAGAAUACUUUCCGAGACUCGCUCACUGUUUCCACGUGCGCUCUGAGAGCGGGACAAAUACUUGUCAAACGGACCUUUCUAUCCCUUGUUGUUAUAUUUUCUUAUUUAGGGGAAAUUGACCUAGAAAUCAAACCAAAAUGAGAUUUCAAACGUUAAUUCAUCAGUUUCCACUCUCGUUGAAUGCUUUCCUUCAUUAAAGUUAUUGAAGGUGAAGUUUUGAAAAAGGACUUUGUAACAUAUUUCUUUACACACUGAUUGAUAGCCUUGGAAGAGCGAGAGGGGGAGAGAGUUUAGCGCACCAUCUGUAGAGUUACUUGUAGGCCUAUUCACGCCACUGAAUUAUCUAUUUCAACAACAACAACAACAACAACAACUAGCAUUUUUAUAGUUAUAUUUCAUAAUCAAUCAAUUACAAUCAAUCAAGUCAUUUUUAUCGAUAUAUUGAUUGAUCAUCCUCAGAGCAUUUCCAAUUCCGUAUAACCCAACUUCCCUCAACCUGCACGGUGGUGAGAUCAGUGAUUUCAUCCUCCCCUCCUCCACCAUCAUCAUCAUCAUCAUCAUCAUCACCCAGACACCGACCCUUCCUCGCCAUGCUAUUCGAUAACUUUGACCUGGUUUCAGCCUUGGCCACCCUAGCGGCCUGCGUGGUGUCCAUGGCCCUCCUUCUAGUUGUGUCCCAGCAACUCUGGCAGCUUCGCUGGACGUCAACCCGGGAUAAGAACUGCAAGCUACCGAUGCCUAAAGGUUCCAUGGGGUUCCCCAUCAUAGGAGAAACCUGCCACUGGCUCUUCCAGGGGUCAGCAUUCCACGCAUCGCGGAGGCAAAAGUACGGUAACGUCUUUAAGACCCACCUGUUGGGACGCCCCCUGAUCCGGGUCACCGGUGCGGAAAACGUUCGGAAGGUUCUAAUGGGAGAGCAUACAUUGGUCAGCGUGGACUGGCCUCAGAGCACCUCAACCCUACUAGGACCAAACUCACUGGCUAACUCUAUAGGAGAUAUACACCGCAAGAGACGAAAGGUCUUCUCCAAGGUGUUCAGCCAUGAGGCUCUACAGUCCUACCUCCCUAAGAUCCAACAGGUGAUCCAGGAGUCACUGAGGCUGUGGAGCUCCAACCCAGAACCCAUCAACGUCUACAGGGAGUCCCAGAGGCUGUCGUUCCACAUGGCAGUGAGGGUGCUGUUGGGGUUCAGAGUAGCAGAUGAGGAGAUGAGACAUCUGUUCACCACCUUCCAGGAGUUUAUAGACAACAUCUUCACCUUACCCAUAGACCUACCGUUCAGUGGAUACAGGAAGGGUAUCCGUGCCAGGGACACACUCCAGAAAGGAAUAGAAAAAGCCAUCAGGGAGAAACCCCUCUCUUCCCAGGGGAAGGAUUAUAGCGACGCACUUGAUAUCUUGCUGGAGAGCGCAAAAGAAAACGGCACUGAACUCACAAUGCAGGAACUCAAGGAGGCGACCAUUGAGCUGAUCUUUGCUGCGUUUGCCACCACGGCCAGUGCCUCUACCUCUCUCAUCAUGCAGCUCCUACGCCACCCUGCCGUGUUAGAGAAGUUACGAGAGGAGCUCCGGACCAGGGGGAUCCUCCACAACGGUUGUCUGUGCGAGGGGGAACUGGGCCUGGAUACCAUCGUUAGUCUGAAGUAUCUGGACUGUGUGAUCAAGGAGGUGCUGAGGCUCUUCACGCCCGUUUCUGGGGGGUAUAGGACGGCCCUACAGACCUUUGAACUCGAUGGGGUACAGAUCCCAAAGGGUUGGAGUGUGAUGUACAGCAUCAGAGACACCCACGACACCUCCGCCGUCUUCAAGGACGUAGACGCCUUCGACCCCGACCGCUUCUCCCAGGAACGCAGCGAAGACAAGGAGGGACGCUUCCACUACCUCCCGUUCGGCGGCGGCAUCCGCUCCUGUCUCGGUAAACAGCUCGCCACUCUCUUCCUCCGUAUACUGGCCAUCGAGCUGGCCAGCACCAGCCGGUUUGAGCUGGCGACCCGGAAUUUUCCCAGAGUGGUGACGGUGCCAGUGGUUCAUCCGGUGGACGGAUUGAAGGUGAAGUUCUAUGGUCUGGAUUCUAACCAGAACGAGAUUCCGUCCGAUCUACUAGCCGACAUCAAGACGGAAGAGCUGCUGGGAGCCGCGGUGUAGAUCGUUGAUUUGGAUUGGACGAAACAAGGGGAAGGAGGAAAGGACGGAUGGAUAGAGGGAGGAGAAAUGAGAGAGAGGAGGAGGAUGGAUGGAGGACAUGGCAGAGGGGAAAAAAGGAGGAUGGGAGGUCAGGAGUGGUCUAGAAUCCUUUUUUUCUCUCGUUUUGCUGAUGUCUUAGAACGUUGGAGGUCUCCUUUGAACUCUAAAAAGGAACAUUCUGAAUUCCGAUUCCUUCUCUUUGUCGUGUUAUUGUUAGUCAUUGGAACGUUCUGGGAGACAAAGAAGAAGAACAGAAGCUGCCCCAAAAAAAAAGUGUAUAAUCUCUAUUCCGUUUGUUUUCCAAGAAAUAUA